GAAAAUAUUAUUUUUCAAAAGAAAUUGAGUGGAAACUGAAAAGCUACUACUUAGUGGAGUGUGCAGAGAGAGUGAAAGCUCGCGGAAGAAAGAACCAGUACCACCGAAGAAGAACGACAAUGAACGAUAGCGAAGACAUCUUGUUCGACUCUCCUCGCUACUCUCCUCCGAAACCCGAUUCCGAUAAAGAAUGAGGAAGAAAAUGCUUUGUACUAAAUGUUCAGAAAGUAGAGACAAGGAUUUUGGAACUGUUGCUCCUGACCAUCAUAAAACCUCUUCAAAAAUUCAAAAUGGAGUAUCAUCAAUUGAUCCAAUUGUUGAGACAACCGUUAAAGCUAACAGAGUUAAAACAGAAAUGGUUAGUCAUCAAGAAGCUCAAGAUUCUCAAAAUAAUGAUGUGCCUUCUUAUCUUGACCUAUCCCAGAAGUUGCUGGCAGUAUGGGGAUCUUCAACUGACAAAAAGCUUGGAAGUGAUGCAGUAUCCAAGUUGCUCGUGCGUUGUCAAGGAGAUUUUCAUAUUCUUUUUUGCCACAUGAGCAUGAGUCUGCCUUCUGAAAUAACACGAAAAUUACUUAUAGAUAUAAACUUUUCUGGAGUAUCUUUGCAUGAUGCCAAGGAUUGUUACCGUACUCCAGAAGCGGCAAAGGUGUCACAUCUGUACCUUACACUGACAAAGAUAGCUGAUGGAGCAGAUAUUUUGGAAACUUUGAUAGAACCUUUGCUUGAUCUAUGUGAUAUGGAAAACGUUGUUGUUGUCCGUAGCUCUCUAUGUAUACUGCAUACUCUUCUGAAGCUCAUACUGGAAUUGGAAACAAAUUUUGGAAGAAGGAGUUGAAAAUAAGCCGAAAUGCUAUUCUUGUGCUAGCAUUCCUCGCUUCAUCUGGACAACCUGGUUUUGAAAUACUUGUUGGUCAUAAGCCAGCAAAAAGGGUAAACUAUCUUAUGUUGAUUUUGGAAUUACUCAUAUCAGAGAUGAACUUUGAAGCUGAGGCACACGAUGAGCUACCAGAAAUUUUCAGGGAGAGGACAUUUCUGAUACGGGAGAUACUGAUAUUACUCAACAGACUAGUGUCUAGUCCUUCAUAUUCUGCUACUGUCUUGCACGGUCUAACCUACGGUUGGGGCAUGACUGGUUGGACAGUUGAUGCUGCAAGCAGAUUAUCUCGGGAAGGAAGUGAAAAUAAGCAGCAGGGCAGCAUGGUGAAGCAUAUCAGAACUGAAAUCGUUGACCUUGCUCGAUUGUUCAAGAAAAGGGUAUUCACAUAUCUAGGAGAUAAAUGGUUAUGAGGUCUCCUGCUUCAUUGGUAAAGUUUUUUGUUAUAGAUAUCUCUAUGCAUGUAUCAUUCGGCUCAGUUAGGAACUAGUAUAGGCAUGGUGCAAAGCAAAUAGGCUGCAAGCAAUGGCAUGCUAGUCUUUUGGAUAGCCUGAAAUUUUGGCAAACAGUUGAGCAAGGCGGAGGAAAUUUUGAUCGGCAUGAAAAGUAUACUCUGUAAAAUUUUGUAUAAUUGGACAACUUCAUUUAGUGCUUGACACUUAUCUUUUGGAAUGUGGCCAUUUAGCAAUGCAUGGUCUUUAGUAAAUAACAGUGAUGUACCAUUUUUUCUCAAUGCCAUGCCUCUUUCUUUUA